UCUCUCUUUUCUCUUUCUCUCCCUCUCGCCGUCCUCGCCGAUCUAUUGCGCGCGUUCGAUCAUUAGCGAGAGUGCCGAGAGUCCAGUCCUCGUCCUCGUAUCUCCUGACUCCUCUCCCUCCUCCAGUUGUUCCGGUACAAAGUCUCGAUCAUCAAAAUCUUGCUGUCUAUUCUGGAACGCACGUCACAAUAACUCGGAGUGUAUCACAACAAGGACGGGAAGAACGUGGGUGGUGACGAAACACCGAGACCGAGGUGAUUCCGUUAAUUGUCGUUUUUACGCGUCUGUGGCGGGCAGGGACGGCCCCGACGAAAUUGGCUGACUAACGCCAAACUUCGCACGCGGAAGCCAGUAACGAUAUAAAAAGAUGGCAUUUCGUGAGUUAGUGGAAGGUGACUGCGGAGGUCCCAGUCCCCUGACACGUUUGACGUCGCACUAUGUGCAAGAUCAUGGCUUCAAGGAGGAAGGAAUUCGUCAACCAUUCAGUUCGGCAGAGGCUUACCAAGUACCGGACGCAGAUCAGUUGGUUCAACAGUUCUUGGGGGAGUCCGCUUGCCCGCAGACGUUUCGAAUGGACAAUCUACUGCAGGAAAUGAGGGAGAUCGAUCAGGCUAAUCAUCCUCCAAAAGCUGGGCCGCAGAUUAUGAAGGAAUUAAAGAGCGACAUGGACAAAGCUUGGGAAAAUUCGUACCUUACAUCUAAGACUCUAGACGAACUGCAGGCGGACAAUAUAUGGAACGAAUCUGUAUUACCUGUUCAAGAUCAAGAGAAAGACGCGGAUCUCGACAGGAUUAAUCAAUAUGGUCUGGAUCCAAAAUGGGCAGAAGAUUUUCUAGAAUGUAAUACGAAUACCGUACGUGACGGUACCGACAAAAAUGAAGCCGCGCAAGCUAAGGAGGACAACGAUCCAAAUUUUGCGUAUUCAAAGUUUAUGAAAUUUAUGGCACAAGAAGGUGACAUUCCAAUAGAAACCAGUCAAACGGCAAAUCUGAAUGGUACAAGCGAAGAAUGGAUAGAACAAUUUAUAGAUAAUGAUGCAACUAGUCUCGUCAACGAUGACAAUACAGUGUCGAAUGACGAUACAGUGUUGAAUAAAGUAGAAGAGGAAUUAGAAGCUGCGGGUACAUGGGUAGACGAAUUUACAAAGAAAAAUCCUGUUACGGAAGAAAAUAUAGAGUCAUUAUGGAAGCGAUUUCAAGACGAAUGGGACAAGAUCUCUGCAGAUGGACUCUCCUCCACGCACCCGUGGGUAUCAGAAUUCGACACAUAUUAUGAUCCGUUUAAUAAAGAAUAUGAUUUCUGUGAGACAAACCCUAUGAAAGAUUUGCCAAAUGCAUUGGAAGAAGGCAAGAGACGAUUAGAGGCGGGAGAUUUACCAAGCGCUGUACUCUGUUUUGAAGCUGCUGCCCAACAGGAUGAAAAUAACGUUGAAGCCUGGCUACUCCUUGGCAAAACACAAGCCGAGAACGAGCAGGAUCCUUUGGCCAUCUCUGCUUUAAAUCGUUGUCUGUGUUUGGAUUCAUCUAACAGCGUUGCUCUCAUGGCAUUAGCAGCUUCUUAUGCAAAUGAGUCUUAUCAAAAGCAAGCUUGUCUAACAUUAAAGGAAUGGUUACUGAAGAAUGAAAAAUACAACCAUCUUGCAGGUUCAGAACCUAAUCUUAACAAAGAAGAACAUUCGAAUUUGAGCGUGUCUACUUUAUUAUACGACAAAGUAUAUGAUGAAGUCAAAGAUCUGUAUAUUCAAGCCGCAAGAAUGAAUCCUACGGAUGAAAUCGAUGCGGACGUACAGUGUGGAUUAGGUAUAUUGUUUAAUUUAUCGAACGAUUACAACAAAGCUGUGGAUUGUUUCCAAGCAGCGUUGCACGUGCGUCCUGAUGAUUCCAGAUUGUGGAAUAGAUUGGGUGCCACUUUAGCUAAUGGUCAGCGAUCGGCGGAAGCUGUAAAUGCGUAUCAUCGUGCCUUAGAAUUAUCGCCUGGAUUCAUUAGAGCACGUUACAAUUUGGGCAUAUCUUGCGUUAAUCUUGGAGCAUAUAAAGAGGCAGGCGAGCAUCUUUUGACAGCAUUGAAUCAACAAGCUGCAGGGAGAGGCCCACGAGCUAGUAACGUACCUCCUAAAGCAAUGUCAAACACAAUAUGGUCUACGUUAAGAUUAGUUAUAUCGUUGAUGCAUAAAUAUGAGUUGAUGGAAGCUAUAGAAAACAGAGAUUUGUCAAAACUGAACAGGGAAUUUGAAAUAAUGUAGACGGGCGCAAAUGCAUUGAAGAUUCAUACAACGGUUCAUUUUUAUAUGGAUUUUAUAUGGAUUAUUCAGGAAUACAUUUGGAUUAGGUAAUCAACCAAAAAUAAUAAAACGUUUUUUUCAAUACGUUCUUCAAACAUUUAGCAAAAUUAAAUUCUAGAAUAUUUAGUCAACUAAACACAGAAAAUGUAUAUACAGAUGUGCAAGACGUUCAAGAUAUUGAGUUAUCGCACUUUUAUUGUACGUAUUGUACCGAUUCUUUAACUUUGAUAUCCUGUAUAUAUAAGAAAUAUAAAACUGGGACAAUUAGCUCAUUUAUCAUUAACACUAAACAACAUGAAUAACAGUUUAAUAAUAUUUCAGGGCAAUUUAUUAUAGCCAUAGAAAUUUGUUAACAUCUUACAUUCCUAAUAUCUAUUUUUAUUUUUAUGAAAAUAGUAGGUAUAAAUAUAUAUUUUAUAUCUAUUGCGAAACUGUUAAGAUUGUAUCACAUUUAUUUCUAUUGAAAAUAUUCAAGUUGCUCAAAUUUGGAUCUUGUUAUACAGAGUGUCUCAGGUUUUUUGGUAUAAACUUUAGUAAUAUAUUCUAUGAAAUAGAAUAUCAGAAAUAAGAAAGAGAAAUGUUGUAUAAAUAUAGAUCUCAAAAUGCUUUAUUAGAACGUUAUCGUAAAAGUCAGAAUUUCGUAUUGAAGAAAUAAUAACGGUCUUGCCAUAGAUAUGUAACAUGCCAUGUACAUAAGUGAUACACCGUUCGAUGAUGUUUAUCUCAUCUGCUUCUUCGUGCUUACUAUUUGAAAUGAUUGAAGGUAAUCAUGAAAACUUGUAUGAACUACUAGUAAUGAACAGUAUCUCGUAAAAUAUUGUCCCAAAAUGCUGUGAGUUUUAACAAACGAAGAAUACACGGAUAUUUAUUUUAUAUUCAGGUUGGUGUACAGGGAAUGUAAAGGCUUCUGUUAGAGAAUAUCAAUGAAGAUUUCCUAACAGAAGAGUGCUGCAUCAUACAGUCUUUACCAAUGUUUAUUUGCAAUUAUGUUUGACGAGUUCAAAUUCCUACGGUAGUAAGUUCCAUAUUACAUCGAUGUAUAGUUUAUAUUGACAUAGGCUGGCGGCACUUUGAAAUGCAAACUUAAGUAAAAUUGUUUCUUAUACAUCUCGUAUUUUUGCUAUAACUUUCUAAUAAAGCAUUUUGGAGCGUAUGUUUAUGUAACAUUUCUUUCUUAUUUCUGCUAAUAGAACAUAUUACUAAAGUUUGUACG